UCUGUUUGAGAGAGUGUCCAGAGACCAGAGCGAAGGUCACUCCUUCAAGGUGGAGGUCUCGUACAUGGAGAUCUACAACGAGAAAGUCUGAGAUCUGCUGGAUCCCAAAGGGAGCAGACAGUCACUGAAGGUACGAGAACAUAAAGUCUUGGGUCCGUAUGUGGACGGUCUGUCUCAGCUGGCUGUGAUGAGUUUCGAGGACAUUGAGUCUCUGAUGUCCGAGGGAAAUAAAUCCCGUACAGUAGCCGCUACAAACAUGAAUGAGGAGAGCAGUCGGUCACAUGGGGUCUUCAGUGUCAUCCUCACGCAGACGCUGUACGAUCUGCAGUCUGGGAACUCCGGUGAGAAGGUGAGCAAGAUCAGUCUGGUGGAUCUGGCCGGAAGUGAACGUGUGUCUAAGACCGGAGCUGCAGGAGAGAGACUGAAGGAGGGAAGCAACAUCAACAAGUCGCUGACCACACUGGGUUGUGUGAUCUCUGCUCUGGCCGAUCAGUCUGCAGGGAAGAGCAAAAACAAGUUUGUGCCGUACAGAGACUCAGUGUUGACGUGGCUGCUCAAGUUUGUGGUUCGUGUGUGGUUUGUUGUGUUUCAGGACAAUCUCGGUGGCAACAGUAAAACAGCGAUGAUAGCCACCAUCAGCCCAUCCGCCGACAACUACGAAGAGACGCUGUCCACGCUGCGCUACGCCGACCGAGCAAAGAGAAUCGUCAACCACGCUGUGGUCAACGAAGAUCCCAACGCCCGCAUCAUCCGAGAACUCCGAGAGGAGGUGGAGAAACUGAGGGUGCAGCUCUCUCAGGCCGAGUCUCUUAAAGCUCCCGAGCUCAAGGAAAAACUGCAGGAGUCGGAGAAACUCAUUCAGGAGAUGACGGUCACCUGGGAGGAGAAACUCAGAAAGACGGAGGAGAUCGCACAGGAGCGUCAGAAGCAGUUGGAGAGCAUGGGCAUCUCUCUGGAGUCUUCAGGAAUCAAGGUUGGAGACGACAAGUGUUUCCUGGUCAAUCUAAACGCUGAUCCGGCUCUAAAUGAACUGCUGGUUUAUUAUCUGAAGGAUCACACGCGUGUGGGUGCGGACACGUCUCAGGACAUUCAGCUCUUUGGUAUCGGGAUUCAGUCUGAACAUUCGGUGAUUGAGAUCUCGUCUGACGGAGACAUCGCUCUCACGCCAGUAAACAACGCCAGAACUUGUGUAAACGGCACAAUGAUCUACUCCAGAGUUCAUCUGUGGCACGGAGAUCGAAUCCUGUGGGGAAACAACCACUUCUUCAGGAUCAACCUGCCCAAACGCAAGAGACGUGAGCGUUUGAAGGAGAUGGAGAGAGACUCGCCCCGCGAGAGCUUCGUGGAGGUGGACGUGGAGACGGCCAGCGAGGCUUCCUCUGAACAGGACUGCAGCUACGAGUUCGCUCAGAUGGAGGUCAUGAUGAAGACUCUGGGGAGCAACGACCCCAUGCAGAACGUGGUGCAGGUUCUGGAGAAACAGUAUCUGGAGGAGAAGCGGUUGGCUCUGGAGGAGCAGCGGCUCGUGUACGAGCGUGAGCUGAAUUCUCUGAGACAGCAGCUGUCACCCGAGAAGAUCACGCAGCACCAGCGCAGCGGCAGCGACCGUCUGCCUCUCCCCACACACAACACACACAACAGGGUCAGACUGUGGACGGACGAGAGGGACGAGUUGUUUCGUCAGAGUCUCUGUCGACUCCGCGAGCAGGUGGUGAGAGCAAACGCUUUAGUGCGAGAGGCCAACUUUCUGUCGGACGACAUGAAGAAACUCACCGACUAUCAGGUGACCCUCCAGAUACCUGCUGCCAACCUCAGCGCCAACCGCAAGCGUGGAGCGAUUGUGAGUGAACCUGCUAUCCAGGUGCGGCGUAAGGCGAAGGGAACACAGGUGUGGACCAUCGAGAAAUUAGAGAACAAGUUAGUGGACAUGAGAGAACACUACAGAGACUGGAGAGAGAACACACAAGAAGUGGUGAACAGACUGCAUAAUAAAUCCGGAGAUCCGUUCUAUGAAGCUCAGGAGAAUCAUAAUCUCAUCGGUGUAGCUAAUGUCUUCCUGGAGUGUCUCUUUCACGACAUCACGCUUCAGUAUGCCGUUCCCAUCAUCAGCCAGCAGGGGGAGGUCGCAGGACGUCUGCACGUGGAGCUGCUGCGGGUGAGCGGAGCCGUACCCGAGCGUCCGGCGGCCGGAGACGAUUCAUCUGAGAACUCCAGCGAGAGCGGCGGCUGUGACAUCAUGGACAAUAAUGGAGAGAUUGUUCAUAUGGCCAAGAAGCUCACCUGCAGGGUGAGGAUCAGAGAGGCGACGGGUUUGCCUUUAAACCUGUCCAACUUUGUGUUCUGUCAAUAUAUGUUCUGGGAGCAGCCAGAGCCCACUGUAGCCCCGCCCAUGGUCAGCCCGGACACGCCCUCUCCUCGGACCCCUGACGCUGAGUUCACCGUGCGCUUUGAUCACUGCAGGGAUUUUGUGGUUUACGUGACGGAGGAGUUCCUUGAGUUUAUCUCCGAGGGCGCUCUGGCUAUAGAGGUGUGGGGUCAUCGGUUCGCAGGGAACGGACGCUCGCUGUGGGAACUGGACGCGCUGCAGGCCAAGACGCAGACGCUCAGAGACAGGUGGAGUGAAGUGUCUCGCAGUGUUGAAACGUGGGUCUCCGUACAGGAGCUGAACGAACAGGGCGAGUAUUCAUCUGUAGAGCUGCACCAGAAUAAAGACACCAGCACUGGAGGCGUGUUUCAGCUGAGACAGGGUCACUCUCGAAGGCUUCAGGUGUCUGUUAAACCGGUUCAGUGUUCUGGAACUUUACCUCUGCUAGUGGAAGCGAUUCUCUCCGUCUCUAUUGGCUGCGUAUCGGCUCGAUCCACUAAACUACAGAGACCGCUGGACAGCUAUCAGAGAGAGGAAGAGGAAGAUUUUGAUAGUUAUCAGGAGGAAGACCUGAACUGUGUGCGGGAUCGCUGGUCCGAAGCGCUCAUCAAACGCCGGGAAUAUCUGGAGGAACAGAUCAAGAAAAUCAUCAACAAAUCAGAGAAAUCUGAGGAAGAUGUGGAACGAGAAGCUCGACUGGUGGAGCAGUGGGUGGGUCUGACGGAGGAGAGGAACGCUGUACUGGUUCCAGCCCCUGGCAGUGGGAUACCCGGAGCACCUGCACACUGGGUUCCCCCUGCUGGCAUGGAAGAGCAUAUACCUGUGCUGUUCCUGGACCUGAAUGCGGAUAAUCUGAGCGUGAAUGGACAGUUGAUCGGACCUCAUGCUGCCGGAGUUAACUCCAUCCUCCCCAAAGAACACGGCAGCGCUUUCUUCUACCUGCCCAUCAUCAGACACAGCCAUGAUGAGGUGACCGCUGUGUGUUCGUGGGAUUCGUCCAUCCACGACUCCGUCCAUCUGAACCGCGUCACGGCGCCCCACGAACGCAUCUAUCUGAUCGUGAAGGUCACAGCGCAGCUCAGCCUCCCGGCCUCAAUGGAGCUGGUCCUGCGCAAGAGAAUGGCCGUCAACAUCUACAACAGACAGAGUUUCACUCAGAGUCUGAAGAGGAGGAUGUCUUUAAAGAACCUUCUGCACUCGUGUGGAGUCACGUAUGAGAUCGUGUCCAACAUACCGAAGGCGUCUGAGGAACCCGAGGAGCGCGAGACGCUGGCUUUGAUGGCGGCACGAGGGGACGGCGAGGAGACUUUGGAUGGUGAGACGUACAUCGAGAAAUACACCAGAGGAGUUCUGGAGGUGGAGAAUAUUCUGUGUCUGGAGAGACUCAGACAGGCGGUCAGUGUGAAGGAAGCUCUUUCUGUUAAAAACAGACACAUUCGCAGAAGUCUCAGCACUCCAAACGUACAGCACAAAUCAGACGUGCCGGGAUGUGAAGAUGAUGAAGUGAAGGGUCACUGUGCCGUUCAUGCAGACGUCUGUGAAGCCAGCGCACAAGAGUCAUCGCUCAACAAUAACAACACGAAAGACACGGCUGUCAGAAGCAGAGAGAAUCAUGGGUCGGUUACUGACAGUCCAACAAUCUUGAACUCCAGUCCAUUUAAAGUUCUGUCACCUCAGCCGCCCAAAUUCCUGAAAUCUCUCCUGCCAGUGAAAGAGGAGAGCAAAGCCAAACGCUCGCUGGAGUCACGACCGCUGCUGGGACACGAGAGCAUGCGCUGGUUUGUGGAAAGCAGCACGCUUGGCCUCACCGGCUCCAGACCCAGGGCACAGAGCGAGGGCCACGGCCCCAGUGACAUCAUCAGUGACAUCAUCAGCAUGAGAGCCAAUCACAGAAAGCCCAGACUGAGCACAGAUCUCACUCAUACACUGCCACACGCUGCUGAUUCAGAGGAGGAGGAGUCUGAUUCAGCCUUCAGCAUCCCAGGUCCCGGCUCUCCACAGCUCCAGAACUUCAAGCCUUACGUCCCAGAGGAUUUCGCAAAUUUUGAGGUGUACAAUGCCACUCUGGAGACCCCGGAGGCCGGCGUGUGCGCGUCUGAGGAGAAAGAGGUGUCCCGAAGUCCCACGGCCAGCAGCUGCACCAGCGGUUACGUCUCUCAUAGUGCCUCCACCGCCACUCUAUCAGACGUGCUCUUCAGCGGCAGCGAGAGCUGUGAUCAGAUCAACGCCAGAGACACCUCAGACCCUCAGGAACACACCAGAGGUCACGUGAUGUCGUUUUCGGUCCCCGCUCAGCGCUGUUCUCGUCGCAGAGACCGAUGCGUUCUGAGCGUCAGUCAAGAAUUCACAGACUUUAAGGUGGCAGAUGAUGGCGAGGGAAGAGAUCUCUGUGUUUUUGAGACAGGCUCUGACCCAACGUCCCAGAGUCAUCUCCACAAUGGAGAAGGAUCUCCGGAGCUGGGUUUGGAGGAUGCUGCAGACUCCAGCGAGGACGAGAACGCACCCGUGGUUCAGCUGCCCGACUGGAUGGCUCCCGGUGAGCAGGUGUGGGUGGGCGAGCGGAGCGGGGCGGUGCAUUAUGUCGGAGGGGUGGAGUUUGCCAAAGGCAUCUGGGUUGGAGUGGAACUGGAUCUCGCUGUGGGCAAACACAACGGUACCGUCCAGGGCAGGGUGUAUUUCCGCUGUGCCACAGGUCACGGGGUGUUCGUGAAGCCGUCCCGUCUCACCAGAGGACCCCCGUCCAUAGACCCAAAACACUGACUUGAACGCGAAGCGUGUCAUUUCUGAUGCUUUGAUAACCACCAGCACGGCAACAGCCUGGACAUCAUCCUCAUCCUUCUGUUCACAUCAGUGCAUCUCAACCUUAUUCUUCAACAAUAUUUCAUGCCCCCCUCCACUCACAAUUUCUGCCCAAUAUAAUAUUCUAGAACAUGUGUGAACAUGACAUACAGUACACGUAACCCAACACUAGACAUUUUUAGUUGUUCAUUUUAAAGCUGGUUUUGUCUUUUGUGACCCAGUCUGUGAAAUUCAGGCUAAAGUCUCUAAACCUGAUUUUGAGCGUCAGAUUUCAAGCAUUAAUUUAACUAUAAUCUCAGUCUGUGACAUGGUUUUACUCAGUCAAUAUGAAAGACAUCAAGGUUAUAUUCUCCGAAUGUUCUUUACAUUGUGUAGAAUGAUUUUAUGUAGAAAACAGUAAAUCACAAAAAAAUGACUUCGGGUCACAUUUUAAACCAUUUUAAGUCAUCUUGAGGUCCUUUAGUGCAGGGGUUUACAAACUGGAAUUCCCGGGGGGCCUCUAGUAGGUUGCAGGGGUCCCCAGGAAUUUCAGGGAAAAAGAUCAAGCAGAAAUUGUAAAAGUCUACUGAACAUUAUUAUUGUUAGUGUUUUUUUGAUUUUGUUCCUUGCACUUUCCUUGAGUUGCUACAGUGCAAAUGCAUUUAAUUAUCUAACAAGGGUAGCGAACUAUUUAAGUUUGGAAAAAAAUGUCUUUAUAAUACACUAUUACUCUUUAUACAUAAAAUGAUUUAAAAAUUAAGUUUGAAAAGGGGGGUCCUCACAAAAGAAAUGAAGUUUAAAAAGGGGGGUCCUCACAAAAGAAAAUAAGCUUGAAACGGGGGUCCUCACAAAAGGUUCAUCUUAUUUGGGUCUCCUUGGCAUCAUAGUUUAAAAACCCCUGCUUUAGGGGACACCGGACACGUGGUUGAGAAACACUGGGCUGUACAAUCGAUAUGUGUUGAUGUGUUGACUGAUUCUUGUCGUCACGUGGCAAUAAAUCGUGUGUGCGUGCGUACAGGUUUAUCUAUCGUUGUGGCGACUGAAACCAUGAAGAUGGGAAAUUGAUUCGUAAACGGGCUAAACAAUGUAUUUUUGAACACGUCUCAAGGCAAAAUCCUUGUGUGAGGUUUAGGGGAUAGAACGCACAGUUUGUACAAUAUAAAAGUCAUGUCAAUGGAGAAUGUCCUCACAAUGGACAGAAACCUAACGUAUGCGUUAAUGUCAUCUUUGAAUGUUGCUGAGUUGCACGAAUGUUUUAUAUCACAUUUAUAUCACGCUUUGAUACGACUGAAAUACUAAUGUCGCAUAAACUUUAUUUACCACUUCUUAUAGAACUAACUCUGUACACUAAACUCUGUCUAACAUCAGAACGUACUACUGUUUGUUUGUGUGCUGAUAUCAGUUGUUACCAAAGACAGCCUUUUAAAUCUGCUGUGCAAGCUCCCGAUGCUUCAAUCUUCUUUUUGUGUAGAUGACUUUGUUUAUUCCUGCGUUGAACAGAUUUCUGCUGAAAUGUUAAGUGCCACAUAGCCAUCAGAAUCAUGGUGGAUUUAUGAGUUGACAGCAGCUCUGUGUCGUGUUAUUGAUCCGUCAUGUACUGUAAAUGUGGAAGGACUGCUGUCUGAACGCUUGCACUGGAGGAACUCAAUCCUGGAUGCACAUUUGCGCUUUCCCAGAUGCUGUUUUCUUGAUCAAAUCCUUGACCGUCACUAAACCGAGAGAAGAGGAAAUGGCCUGAUGUACUGACACAACAUCUGUUUGUGUAUUUUACAUCUUAAUUGACUUCUAGGUUCACCCGCCUAAUACUGAAGCAUUUCAAUCCAUGUGUGUGUGUGUGUUUGACUGUCAGAUUUGUAUAGUUUGUGACACUAAAGCCAAUAUAAAUAUGUUUUCUAUAGAUGGAAGGAGGAUUAUGGGCUGUAGGCUGAAUAAUGAAAGCGUGUGAGCUGUGGAAUACAAACCCAACACCUUAAGACAAAGCAAUGCUGCUCUCCUUAACAAGGAGCUGUACAUAACAUGUAUGAACAUAGUAUUUACAGUGUUAUAAUGUACAGAACUGUAUUUAUAUUGUAUCUCUGCAAACUGUUGAUACAAAGAUGUUGUAGAAUACACAGCGAUU